AAGAGCAGACAGUACUCUUAACAGCUGGACCUUCUCUCCAACCCCAAGGUCUAGAUCUUAUAAGUGGCUCUUGCCUGUAGUUUCUGGCACUCAAGAAGUCUGACCAGAAAGAGGAGGGUUGCUUCACUUUCAAGGGCAACCUCAGGUACAGGGAGACCUUGUCUCAACCAAACACAAGUUUAAAGCCAGAAGUAGUUUGUAGUUGGUCAUUUCAACUCAAGACAUAGUGAGGACUUCCUGUGCUCUGUAGUCUCUUCUCAGACUUUUGUUCAGCUGUUCUGAUAUGUAGACAUUAUCUUUAUCUAAUAAUAGUUGUAGUUGGAUUUGGGGUCAAAGGAAACACUUUGAGCUAGCUGUGUGCUCAGAGAAUAUUACUACUGGAGACAUAAGAUGAUUACAGUGAAUUAAAGGCAGCUUCUAAAUUCCAUGGCAACUCUUCAGGUGGCAUUAAAGACCAUUUUCGCUAUAACACAGCCUACCUUCUCAGCUUUUCUCUGCUGAUAGAUAUUAGGUACAGACUGGAUACAUAAUAGCAUAAUAGUCCCUUGAACUCAGUCAAUCAUGAUUGUCAUUUGUUAUCUAAAGUAAGAUACAGCCCACAGGUGAGCUGUUUGGUCAGGAUUCUCAGGAUUCCUAAGAUAGAAGUACUUUGAGCACACCCCUCUGCAACCCCUUACUCUUUACUCUCACCCACCACUAUGGUGUCAGAUCUCAUCCACCCAGUGCCUAACUUUAUGCAGACACAUCCACACAGAUACCUGCUGACCUGGGGCUCAGCACACAUCCCAGGUGAAAUGAGAAUCUUACACUGGCAUCUCCAUAUUCUUCUAGCUGUGCACUGGCCUACAUAGCAAGUUUUAGGGCAGCCGGGACUAUAUAGAGAGAUCCUGUCUCAAACAAACAAAAUCCCAGAAACCUGUUGAUACGAGGUUUUCCCAUGAAGUCUUGACCCAGGGCAAAGUGCUCUUUCUGUUGAAUUAGAGGCAUUCCUGUUAAGUACUGAGGAGAACUGGAGGACAGAAGCGCAAGUCUGUUAAGGAUGCAUUAUGGAUGCCAUUCUAAGUGUUCUCGUCUUGGUUACUGUUGAAAAAAAAGGCAGAUAGAAUAUUCCUGAACUGACACAUACUACUGUGCCUUGGUGUGGUUGUGGUCCCAAAGAGACAGCAGAAUCCGAAAACUUUUCUAUCUCUCUAAAGGAGACGAUGUUCACCAAUAUCUUGUCAGAAGCCCUUAAACAAAGAAGGUAAGAGGCCCAGGACCAGUGCACCCAAGCUCUACUGUGUUAUUCCUCCACGCACGUGUCCUGUAACACAGAUGCUGAUGUAUUGCUCUGAAGAAACAACACACAUAGAAAAAUAGGAGGCUGCAGAAGAUGCUAAACUUUUGAUCAAGAGAAUGAAGGAAGUCAAAGGAAAUACCAAGAACAGAUUACCAAGAGAUGGAAGCUAUCCUUCCUGAGAGCUUCCAGUCUGGUCCAGAAUAAGUCUUUGAGUCACAAGUAAAUGAUCAGGCCUUGGGGGGAAACAGUGAAGAUAGAGACCCAUCAAGAUGGCUCAGAAGGCAAAGGAGUUGCAGAUGGUGUUGGAGGAUGGAGAGACUAUGGUGUGGACCCAUCUCAGUUCUCAGGGACUUUAAUGCGAACAUGUGAGCGGUUAGUAAAAGAAGGACGCUUCAUUCCUAGCAAUCCUGUUGGGAUUCUCACCGCGAGCUACUGUGAAUUGCUGCAAAACAAAGUACCUUUGCUGGGUAGCAGCACAGCCUGCAUUGUGGUACUGGACAGAAGUAGCCACCGCUUGCACACAGCGAACCUGGGUGACUCGGGCUUCCUCGUGGUCCGGGGCGGCGAAGUCGUGCACCGAUCUGAUGAACAGCAGCAUUACUUCAACACUCCAUUCCAGCUCUCCAUCGCUCCCCCUGAGGCUGAAGGGGUUGUCCUGAGUGACAGCCCGGACGCUGCUGAUAGCACGUCUUUUGACGUCCAGUUAGGAGAUAUCAUCCUGACGGCAACAGAUGGGCUCUUUGACAACAUGCCUGAUUAUAUGAUCCUUCAGGAGCUGAAGAAACUGAAGAAUUCAAAUUACGAGAGUAUACAGCGGACUGCAAGAAGCAUUGCUGAGCAGGCACAUGAGCUGGCCUAUGACCCAAAUUAUAUGUCACCUUUUGCACAGUUUGCAUGUGACAAUGGAUUGAAUGUGAGAGGUGGAAAACCAGAUGAUAUCACUGUCCUCCUCUCAAUAGUGGCUGAGUACACGGACUGAUUGGCCACGUUGGCAACUCCUGCCUUUCCCUUGUCGCCCCAUUUUUCCCUGCCAUGUGUGCUGAUCCUGCUGGCAGGACCACAUUUCUUUGCCACUGAUCUCAGUGGCCAAUGCCGGAUGCCUGGCCCUUGUUUGAGACCCAUUGAGAGUCUUGUUGAGAACCACUAUUGUCAUCCACUAGCCCGGAACCUGCUGGUGACCACCAAGAGAAACUAGGUGACUGCUCCCUUCUCCCGGAGAUUUUCAAAGCCUUUUACCUUUCAAAAGCAGUUGAAGUUUUGAAAAUAAGUAAUGUUGGUAAAGUGAAUUCAGAAUUUCAGUGUGUUAAAGGGAUGCUAACAUCCAACAGACAGUAAAUAAUGACGUCAUACUGGAAAACACACAACCCUCCCAGGAGGAGCUCGUGACCACGGGCGCAGUCUGCUGGACCUGCCAUGGCUUUGUGUUUUCUGUAUAAACUCCUGUUUCCCAGGAGUUCACAUCCUGCUCCAAACCUGUGCUGGGUUCUGACAUCUCAACCCUAGCAGCUUACAGUUUUGGUGACAAAUUGGAAGAAAAUUUUCAUUCUUUGGAUGCAGAUAUUUUGUGCUUUUUAAAAAAAUGCUUAAUUGUGCUCCUGUGAUUGAAGCUAUGGCAGUUAUUGGUUUUUCAGGUCACAGGCUCGAGGCCUGGCCCAAGGAGGGACGGAGGAAGGAGACUACCAAAAUCUAUUCCCAGAAAUGUAACGCAAAAUUGCAAAUCUCCUCAAAGCCUGAGAAUCAAACGCUGCAGCCGAAGUCUUCUGUGCUGCCUGUGAGAAUGCCACAGGCCUUCCCGGCCAGGCAAAAGUAUGCAGUUGCAGCUUGGCAUGGGGUUGACUGUGGACAGCCUCGCUCCUUCCGUCCCUCAGGAGCCUCACACCUUUAGAGCAUGCCCCAACUGUGCUGUGUCCUCAAGGUGACAGCGUGGUGGCUGCAGCACAUGGAAUCCACAGGAAAGCUAGUGAUGACCUGACGUUCGCAGUGACCCCAGCUGAGUAUGGGGUUCUGAGUCCAGCUUAAUGUUUACAGUUCCAAUAGCCAUUUGCAGUAGGUGACGUUCCUUCUCAGACUUCCCCAUUACCCGCGAGCGCAAACUUACUUUUAAGGUUUAUGUACAAUUGACUGCUGUAAAGAUAUAUUUUUGGGUCCGUUCUUUUCCUUCUUUAACUUGGUGGUAGAAAACCAUAUAUACUUAGAAGCCCUUAAAUUAAAGCCGUGUUUUCUGUGUAAGUCAGGUGAUGUUGGUGUGAAGAGCACGUGAGCAGCCGCACAGCCCUUCCUCUGCAGGAGACACUGGCUCCCUGGUUACUGCAUUGAACUUGUGUUUGAGGUUACCUCAACUUGUUUUUAAAAGAUUUUGUCUGUGAGUUUGUAUAUUUGAGUAGCUGUCUCUUGUUUUAUUUAAAUUGUUUACCAUGUACCAUGUACAUGUCAUUGCUGUAUCUCAGUGCAUCAUGCUUGUAACAGGCAUUUCGUUUAUAAGAAUGAGUUACUCAUUUGUAAGCUGUUCAGUAAUUUAUCUACUAUUCCUAAAUUGGCAUAAUGUUAGAUUCCUAUUUUGAAUCACCUUUAAUUACAUGUCAGAAUGCCUUAACUACCCUAACCUGACAACACUGAGUUCUUUGGUGAGGAGAUACAGGGGCCGGGUAUGGAGGGAGACUGAGAUAAAGAGAUGCCAUGCUCUGUUGAUGACGGAGCAUGAGGGGCACUGGUGAGUAUUUAUUUUGCACAAACUCUUGGCAGUGUCUGUGUUUAGAACAGUAAAGUUGUAUCCAGACGGGGUGUGUGGCCCUAGGACUGACUACUUCAACUCUUUUCUGUGGUUUAUAAUUAGUUUCUGGUCAGAUGUAUUGUAGCCUUACAAUCUGGAUAUAUUUUUGCAUUAAUUUUCCAAUGCCAACAUUUAAUUCCUGCUAGGAGCAGAGCUGGUCAAGUCACUGGCAUUUUUCUGCUCUUACUUAGCCCAUCAAGCAGUCUUUUCUAAAGGUAGAUUGGUGUAUUUUCUACAGCUUACUUAGUCAACUCACUUUCUGAGUAGUGGUUGUUAGAAACGGACAGUGUGGCUGCUGUAGUGCACUGGGCACCAUGGGCAGCAUUGAGAUUCAGACUGAAAAUUACUCUGGGCCUGGCGCAUGGACUAGUGACAUUACAUAUUCCAUUUGCUUCGCCCCUGUCCUUUUUCUUACACACUUAAUGUUAUGGCUGUCGGACGCCAGGUGGAGGAGUGCUCCCUCGCACUCCCCAUUGGCCAGGGGCUCUGCCACACACCCCUCACCAGGUCCUCUUUGGAACCUGGUGUGUGCGUGCAUUGUAUUUUAAAUCAAGCAAUGUAAGCACUCAUAUUUGUCUCACGGAAUGAACUUUUAUAACAAAAGAGAAAUUUGGGUUUUAAUUUACAAAUGGCAAAUUAUUUAUCCCUCUCUGGAUGCACCAAAGACCAGUAAAGUUUAUAGCUUUUCCAUCUAUAUUUAUAAAGCAAUACUGUAUUAUAAAAAAUCACUAUUUUUAUCACAUGCUUGAAAUUUUUAUUUUGUUCUGUUUUAAAAAUGUGCACUCUAAACAUAUCAGAACCUUAUUUCUUCCUAUGAACUUAAGCUGCCUGCGCACAAGAAAUAAAUAAGAUUACCAAAUGGAGGUGAAAUAGCUAGAGUCCCUAGGCUCUUAAAAAUUGAAAGAAAUGAGGGCGAGAACAAGUUAUUUGUCCUGAGUUACUGUAUGAGCUUGACUGGGUUGGUAGGUUACUAACUCACAGAGAAUCCAUUCCAAGUGUGCGUUUCUGGGUUGGGCUGUGUCUGGAGUAGAGACUGAGUAUGAGCUUUCUGAGGCAGGAGAGUGCCCUUUUCUGCUGCUGUCCUUGUUUUGAAUAGAGGAGGCAGCGAGACCUCACAGGGCUGCCCUCCUGGUGAGUGUUGUGGAGGUGGCCAGCAGGAUUGGGUAGGGCUGUCUGUACAUGUUUAUACUUUUGGGUAGGUUCAUGGCUCCUUGUCACUGUCCACCAGCUAUCUUCGGCAAAGUUAGAACAGUUUCUCUCUGGAGACUGUCACAGUUUUGUGUUAAAAAAAAAAAAUUGUGAUACUAAGAAAAAAAAACCUGCUUAUAAAACAAAAUAUGAAACAGAAGACAUUUGGAUUCUAUUUCUUUCAAAAAGUAAAUUUAUCACAAAAUUGAAUUUCUCAACUAAAGCAGUGUCCAUGUCAAAUGUAACUGUUAGCAGGUAGUUUGUGGCAAAGGCGACUAAGUGAUGAAGCAAAUCUGAAUCCUUGUAUACUAAUAAGCUGUGUUUUCUGUUGAGACUAUCAUUGUUUGUCCUACAAAAGGCAAUGACCUGAAUCGAUGUCUGAAAUAUAACUUAUGCAGGAAUAGUUCUGUAAAUACAUUUAAAUAAACUGUAAAGAUAUUUAAUAAAUAUAGUAUUUAUACUAA